GGGUCUGAGCUCCGGAAAGCUGUGCUCCGAGCCGGAGCCACUUCGGGGAGGCGAUCCUGGCCCGCGCCCUGAGAGCAGUCCCGGGAGAAUAACACAUAACAUGAUCUCAAGGAGGAUUUAUAUAAGAGAAUCCAUUGGAGAAUGUUUCAAGAUGUAGAACCCUUAUAUGUGAAGUGUCCCAAAUGAAGUUGGAGCAUCCACAUUGAAAUUUCUUCGUGUUGUGGAAUGGAAGACUGCCACUGGAAAGCUGCAUCAUGAGCUGCUUGGGCUUCUGAAGUGUCCAAUGGAUUUUUAAGUACAUAAGCGGUGAAAUAGGGUUAUGAAAAGAGGUUCAGAGCAGAACACUGAAAGUGGCCACCACCAGCAUGAGGAGACCAACAAGUCAAACUGGUGAGAUGAGCAAAACAGAAUGCAGCUUUCAAGGUUCAUUUCAAGGAGUUGACUUGUGGGACUCUGAGAGAUGCUACUGCCCAUGACUUGUUGGAAUUAUCAUGAUCAACUACCCAGUUUGGAUUUCACCCAGUGGCCCAGAGCUUUGCAUGGUAGACAGCAAGGAUUGGAUUUUUAAAAAGAGUAAACCAGGCCCGUGACCAAGGUGUAAGACUAAGAGGGGGAGUCAUGCUUCACACGGCCUUAUCAUGUUGGCAGCCAUUCCUGGGUCUGGCUGUGGUCUUAAUCUUCAUGGGAUCCACCAUUGGCUGCCCUGCUCGCUGCGAGUGCUCAGCCCAGAACAAAUCUGUUAGCUGCCACCGAAGGAGAUUGAUCGCCAUCCCAGAGGGCAUUCCCAUCGAGACCAAAAUCUUGGACCUCAGCAAGAACAGGCUGAAAAGUGUCAACCCUGAAGAAUUCAUCUCAUACCCUCUGCUGGAGGAGAUAGACUUGAGUGACAACAUCAUCGCCAAUGUGGAGCCAGGAGCAUUUAACAACCUCUUCAACCUGCGUUCCCUCCGCCUGAAGGGCAAUCGCCUGAAGUUGGUCCCUCUGGGGGUCUUCACGGGCCUCGCCAACCUCACCAAGCUUGACAUUAGUGAGAAUAAGAUUGUCAUUUUACUGGACUACAUGUUCCAGGAUUUGCAUAACCUGAAGUCUCUAGAAGUGGGGGAUAAUGAUUUGGUUUAUAUAUCACAUAGGGCCUUCAGUGGGCUGCUUAGCUUGGAGCAGCUCACCCUGGAGAAAUGCAACCUAACAGCGGUACCAACAGAAGCCCUCUCCCAUCUCCGCAGCCUCAUCAGCCUGCAUCUGAAGCAUCUCAAUAUCAACAACAUGCCCGUGUAUGCCUUUAAAAGACUGUUCCACCUGAAACAUCUAGAGAUUGACUAUUGGCCUUUACUGGAUAUGAUGCCUGCCAAUAGCCUUUAUGGUCUCAACCUCACAUCCCUCUCAAUCACCAACACCAACCUGUCCACUGUACCCUUCCUUGCCUUUAAACACCUGGUCUAUCUGACCCACCUUAACCUCUCCUACAAUCCCAUCAGCACUAUCGAAGCUGGCAUGUUCUCGGACCUGAUCCGCCUUCAGGAGCUUCAUAUAGUGGGGGCCCAGCUCCGCACCAUUGAGCCUCACUCCUUCCAAGGGCUCCGCUUCCUUCGUGUGCUCAAUGUGUCUCAGAACCUACUGGAAACUUUGGAAGAGAAUGUCUUCUCCUCCCCUAGGGCUUUGGAGGUCCUGAGUAUUAAUAACAACCCACUGGCCUGUGACUGCCGCCUUCUCUGGAUCCUGCAGCGUCACCCCACCCUGCAGUUCGGUGGCCAGCAGCCCAUGUGUGCUGGCCCAGACACCAUUCGUGAGAGGUCAUUCAAGGAUUUCCAUAGCACUGCCCUUUCUUUUUACUUUACCUGCAAAAAACCCAAAAUCCGUGAAAAGAAGUUGCAGCAUCUGCUAGUGGAUGAGGGGCAGACGGUCCAGCUAGAAUGCAAUGCUGAUGGAGACCCAGAGCCUGUGAUUUCCUGGGUGACACCUCGAAGGCGUUUCAUCACCACCAAGUCCAAUGGAAGAGCCACUGUGUUGGGCGAUGGCACCUUGGAAAUCCGUUUUGCCCAGGAUCAAGAUAGCGGGAUGUAUGUUUGCAUCGCUAGCAACGCCGCUGGGAAUGACACCUUCACAGCCUCCUUAACUGUGAAAGGAUUCACUUCAGACCGUUUCCUUUAUGCAAACAGGACCCCUAUGUACAUGACCGACUCCAAUGACACCGUUUCCAAUGGCACCAAUGCCAAUACUUUUUCCCUGGACCUGAAAACAAUACUGGUGUCUACAGCCAUGGGCUGUUUCACAUUCCUGGGAGUGGUUUUAUUUUGUUUUCUCCUCCUUUUUGUGUGGAGCCGAGGGAAAGGCAAACACAAAAACAGCAUUGACCUUGAGUAUGUGCCCCGAAAAAGCAAUGGUGCUGUUGUGGAAGGGGAGGUGUCUGGACCCAGGAGAUUCAACAUGAAAAUGAUUUGAGGGUCGACCACUCCCACUAUUGUUUCCGUGUCAUUGUUGGUAACCAGUAAGACAGCCUGGCACAGUAAAGCACUAGGUUAAAAGGCAGCUUAGUGCGGCUGUCCCUGUGUCAAAGCAGGGUCCAUGGAAGCAGGAGGACUUCUGAUGGAGACUCGCCACCUAAAGGCAGGCAGGCAUGUGUCAGAGCCCUUCACACAGUGGGAUACUAAUUGUUUGCGUUGCAAAUAUUGGCAUUCUGGGGAUCUCAGUAAUGAACCUGACCUUUGGCUCAUGCUCAUGGACAGUUAUUCAACAUUUUCUACCACUGCAAAAACAAAAGAAUAAAUAAAAAGGAACAACCUACAAUGUAGGAUUUACAUAUUAAAAAGACACAUUUGUCCAAAACAUACUCUACAGAAAAAUUUGUAUCUCUGAUUCUCAUUUGUUAAAGCCUUGCAU